ACAUGGAAAGCCAGAGUAGAAAAGCGACCGCGACGCUACUGAAGGAAGAAAUGCGUUGCCAAGGUUUGUUCCUGCGAUAAUUUCUCCAGCUCUGACUGACAGCACGUUCACUGGGCCAGUGCCUAGCGACCAGAACCACUGAUACUAGUAGAACCACUGAUACUACUACUAGUAGUUGUCAACAACGUGGAACAGACAAGGAGAUACUCGUUUCAUCCGAGAAGGCGUCCGCACCUCAUCAUCAACUUCGAUCCUCUGACAAGAGAUACUCGUUUGAAGCUAGCCCUUCCAACAGCACACCUACUCAGCAAAAUGGGCCAUCUCCGUUACAAGCCGGCUCUCCUACUCGCUACAAUAUUCCUCCUCGCCUACCCUCCCCCUCUCCUCUCCCAAACACCCGCCGACGCCCUAGACUGCUCAACAGAGCAGCUCUACCCUCCAGGAGUCUACGUCUUCUGCUCUCCCGCCGACUCCUCAAUCCGCUUCGCCUGCCUCUUCGGCGGAGGACGAAACGCAUUCACUCAAUGGACCAACAGCCCGCAGUGCUACAAGAUACAGAAAGGCGCCCUCUGGUGCCGCAACUGCCAGAAGCAGUGCAAGCCACUGCCGCGGUGCUGCGACUCCGCUGCUAUACUGGAUGUGACUCUAGCGAUGAAUCGGACCAACGCUCGGCCGUUGUUCAUGUUCAACCGGAUUUUGGGGCUGCAGUGUCCCGGUAAUGGGGCGUGUGAGACAGAAGGCAGGUACCCUCAGUGCAACGACCAGGGGAUGCCGACUAAUAAAUUUGCUCCCGCCAUGCCCUGCGCCUGGCGCCCUGGAAACUUCAAGAGGGUCAGGUGCUAAAUCUGCAGUACAUGGUGUGCCACGCCCUCUGUGAUAAAGUUGGUAACCCACAAAUACGUUCGCUCACUUUUUGAUAGACUCAAAGCAGUAAGCUCGCUUGUGAGCCCCGCCGUUUGCUGUGUCUGGCGCCGUGGGUUGGGUGCCUUGCUAGCUAUGCUUCUUGUUAGUAAUGUGGUAUUCUCCUUCGGAUUUCUGUGGGAGGCAUGUGUGCCAUAUAGCCCGUGCAUACUGCUCUGGUCUAGCCGGAGUACA